GUUCAGCAAAAGCAGUAAUAAGGUUAUAUGCUGUUCGUAUAUCGAGGGAAAUAGAAUCAGAAGGUCUUGGGUAUUAUGCAGAAAUAUUAUGCAACUCGAAAGCUCCUACCAUACAAAUAAGAGAAAAUGAAAGGCGUCUGAAGUUUUCGAUGAUGAUUUUAACUAUCUCUACAGGAUCGUUACAAUAG